CGCCCAUUUAUUAGACUUUGAAAAAGGGGAGUAAGGUGGAUUGCCAGUAUUGAGACAGGUGUAUGAGACGGUGGGAAAAAACAAUACACUAUCUUCCAAGGGAUUCAGGAGAGUCUUUUUGCAGAAUCCUUUCGUUCCCUGACAUCUUUCAUAUCGUCGUUUCGUCUUUUUAAUUCACACUUUCUUUUCGUUGUUGCUUCGUGAAUGAUGGCCGCUCAGGAUAGCGAGUGCAGGUCGAAGACGGAAACUCAAGAGGGUGAUGCUUUGAUCGAGGAAUUCUACUUCGACAACGAAUCGACCUUGCCCGGAACCAGCCCUCGAGACUCGCGAAAUGUUCGAGAGGAAGACGAUGAUCUGUCGUCAGUCGAUCUUCCUGCCUUGCUGGGACAAUUUUCAAUUAUAUUCUGCACUAUCUUUUGGAUCACAAUCGAUGCUAUUAUACCAAGUUUUAUCCCUCGAUUUGGCUUCCUUGCAGUCGGAAAUGCAGCAUCCGACAAAAGAGGGAGAGACUCUCCAACCGAAUUUAUGGACGGGCUCCGCGGAAUCGCCACUGUCAUCGUGUACGCCAAUCACUUCAUCGUCAAUUGGUUUCCAGUAUUGAAACACCAAUAUGGUCAAUCGCCAAGCGACAUAUUCACUCUGCAGUUACCGAUUUUUCGAGUCUUUCUCUCCGGCGGCGCGGCUGUAGCGGUUUUCUUUGUGAUAUCAGGCUAUGUUCUAUCAUACAGUGGAUUGAAGAAGAUCUCACUCGACCAAAGAUCAGAAGCCUUCGAUAGUCUCGCAAGUUCAGUAUUUCGCAGAUGUAUCAGAAUCUAUCUUCCUUGUGCCGCAAAUACUCUUUUAUGUGCGCUGUUGGCUUACAACGAUCUCUUCGUGCAUGAUCCACCUGGAUUCAAUGUAUUUCCGACACGAUUCCCGACCCUUUCGCUUCAACUCGGGGAUUGGUGGCUUCAUCUUAAGGAGCUUGUAUAUCCUUUCAGGAGCGUCGAAGAAGCGAUAUACAGUCCCCCUUACAACGGACAUUUGUGGACGAUCCCAUUGGAGAUUCGAGGAUCAUGGGUUACAUAUGGAACCGUGUUAGCUUCAGCAAACCUUAUUCCUGCUUGGAGAAUGCUUUUCUUGUGCGGACUCAAUAUUUAUGUCUCCUCUUAUGCCAAAUGGGAUCUUUUCUUGUUCAUCAGCGGAAUCAUCAUUGCGAAUAUGGAUGUCCAGCGACAUAUUGCCGCUCGACAAGAAGACGCUAGCCUACAUAUUCAUGGCCAACCAGGCGCAGUGUUUCUACCCACUGAAGAGCCACCGAUGAUUGAAAUGCAACAUCUUGAUCAAGGAAGCAAAUGGUCGUCAUGGUCAAGAGUGAGCGGCGUUGGAACACAGCGACCUCUGGCUGUAUUGCUCAACAUCCUAACCUCACUCCGCCAGAUCAUUUAUGUUCUAUGGCCAUACAUUCUUUUCGUGGCUGCCAUGUAUACCCUCUCGGGUUUAAAGGACCCAUGGGGUAUCGAUGGCCUCAUCAUAUCCUGGUUCGGGACGUCACAGUCCUCCACCGAUUACAUGUCCCCCGGAGGUGGGAGGCGCAACCCAUGGAUGAUGAUUGGAGCAGCUCUGCUUGUCUAUUCUCUUUCCCUUUCCACCAAAGCGUGCCACAUCCCAACAUUCGAAAGUCGCCCAACCUUAUUCGAGCGCCUAAAGUCCUCCUGCAGAAGCUUUCGCCUCCAGUGGCUAUUCACAAAUUGUGUUUCGAGAUAUUUAGGGCGUAUCUCUUUCGGAGUUUAUCUGAUGCAUGGACCUGUCUUGUUUACAAUGGGGACUCGAUUCCUGGUUCCUGCUUGGGCUGAAUGGGAUGCUGGUGGGCCUGACAUUGAAGAUAGAUACAUGAGCUGGUUCUAUUGGGCGAUGGUUUGGAACACUAUUGGUGUCAUCUGGGCAGGUGAUGUCUUUACAAGAGUAAUCGAUGAGCCCAGUGCAAGAUUUGCGGGUAAGGUGGCCAAGUUCAUGUCUCGGAACAACAAGGUCACGGCAUCUUGACAAAAGGUACGAAGGCGAAUGCGAUGAAGUGGAAGAAGACACAAAGAAGUAUGCCUUGAAAAGAGUCCGUAUUCUGCAAAGUUUUCUUUGUUAGUUUUUCUUUCAAUUUCGAGGCGAGAAUCUCAUGCCAACAGAUCCUUGGGGAAGGACCGAUAUUGUAUCAUAAC